GGUGUUGUAGAGGAUACUAGCCAUAGAAGCCAAACGCCGCGAUCGUUGGCAGCUCAAAUUUUGAUGGUUGCUUAUCCUGGCUACGAGGAGUUACAACUACUGCAUGAAGAGUGCUCAAUUGCUGACUUGCAGCAGUCUAGUCUACUCCUAGACUACUCCGCGUCAAAUUCUAGUUUUCUAGACCUGCCACCGAUGUAUGACGGCGUCCGGAGUUUGCGUUCGGCGCGUAGUGAGCGGAACAUUACUUUCUCGGAAGUAGUGUUGGGGCGAGAACGAUCGUUGACGCACCGCGAAGAAGAAGAAAGGCUAGUUCGCGGCCUACAUCAAGAAAAUUACAUAGGCGGGAACGUCGAUGUGGAAGAGGAAGACGAGCAGGGCUAUAAAAACAAGGGGCGCGAUGGUGGUGAUGAGUAUCAACAUGACUCUAGAACAAGCAUGAAGAUGAUGAAGAACGGAUACCAUCACCAAGAUCAGCGUGGAGGAGACCUUCUUCAUCCUAGUGGAGCACCAGCUGUCGAACAAAGGACUUCUAGAGACACGUACCACUCUUUUGGACUACGUGGGAGCGGCAACAAGGUUCUUGGAGUUCUCUCUCGACCUAGCAGUGUUGGAAGUAAUUCAAAUUCAUCCGCGAGGAAAGAACAAACUGCCUCGUCAACCGCUUCUGGGACCUCGAGCGGUACUUCUCCCAUGUAUCAACAUUCAAGUCCUGGUGGCCUCCAACAUCAGCAUGAUAAUGUUGACCAACAACAUCUCCAGCAACAGCAGCAGCAGCAUAGAGAUAGAGCUGCAGGAGGAGGGGCGGACCAACGACAUGAUCAUAGAGAGGAUAGAGCGGUAGACCAAGUACAUCAUAGAGGGGAUAGAGCGGUAGACCAACAACUACUACCUAGAGUAGAUAGAGUCGGAGGAGUCUCGCGAGGAGCGUCUAGCAGAGUGCUGUUCCAACCUGG